AUGAGGCUCCUUUGUUUGCACGGUUAUGGCACCAACGCCAAUGUCCUCACAAAUCAGCUUUCCACAUUCUUUUCCGUCGCCGACAGCAGUAUUGAGCCGGUCUACAUUGAGGGUGAGGUCGAAUGCCCCAAAGCCCGAGGUCUGGGUGCCUUCGCUACCGGCCCCUUUAGCUGCUACUACGACAACUUCGCGCCCGAAUCGGUGAAGCGAGCGCACGAAAUGAUUACGGAGGUCAUCGAAGAAGACGGACCCUUCGACGGCAUUCUCGGUUUCAGCCAAGGUGCCUCGCUCGCCGCUGCAUACCUGCUACAACACGAAAUCGAUCGACCUGACACGCCUCCACCGUUCAAGUUCGCCAUGAUAUUCUCGAGCAUCAUCUCAUUCACGCCAGACGAAUCCUGCUGUCGCGAAAUAGUGGAUCAUCUGAGCGACAAAGACGUCGAGCAAUUGGCAGGGUUUCCCGAUGCAGAUUUCUCGGCCUUGCCCCAGGAUGCAAAGACACUGUUCCAGACCAUGGCGAAGGCCCUGAGUGCCGGGGUCGACGGCGGGUUUUUACACGGGCAUCCGGACCAAGAGGUGUUUCGAAGGAGGGAUGCGGCGUUGAUCCCUCGGAUCCUUCAUCCAGAGCUGAUCAAGCAGCGAAUUCGGGUGCCAACGGUGCAUGUGGUGGGGAAAAAGGAUAACCCGUUCAUGCUAGAGCAGAGUCAAUUGGUGUAUCGAUUGUGCCAGGAGGGCAUGGCGAAAUGGCUGGAGCACUCGGCUGGUCACGAUGUGCCGAGGAACGUGGCUGAAGCUAAGGAGGCAGUCAAGGCUAUGGAAUGGGCUGCGAAAGAAGGUGAGGAGCAGUCGGUGCUGUGCAGAUUGUAA